AUGCGCCACACUGCUCCGUUAACCAGUUCAAAACCUAAACUCAGAUCAGAAGGAUCUGUACUGACAGGAAACACAGUGACUCUGAAGUGUCACAUUGAUCUGUCUACUGGAUGGAAGUUUUACUGGUACAAAAACUCACAAAACACAGAGAAUACGACAACAGAAACAAACUCUUACACAAUCAACAGUGUUAAAGUUUCAGAUGGAGGUCAGUACUGGUGUAGAGCUAGAAGAGGAAAACCAGACUAUUACACAGACUACAGUGAUGGACUGUGGAUAAAUGUUAAAGAGAGUCCUAAACCUGUAGUGAGUGUUGAUCCUGACAAACAUCUUUUCAGAGGAGAAACUGUUACUCUGAGAUGUGAUAUACAGGAUACAGGAGACACUGAGUGGACAUACAGCUGGACUGUAGAGAAGACAAAUAACAGAAAUAUAAUCACACAAUGCAACACACAAGAGUGUAAAAUCAACAACAUUCAACACACUGACAGUGAUAAAUACACCUGUAGAGGAAAGAUACGUGAACAAAACACUGAGAUGAGUGAUGCUGUUACACUGACUGUAUCAUCAGAUAAACCACAGACAGUUUUAAGUGUUUCUCCACAGCAGUGGUUGAAUGAAGGAGAUUCAGUGACUCUGAUGUGUGAGGUUAUAAAUUCAUCUACAGGCUGGACAUUCAGCUGGUUUACUGUACAGAGUCUUUACUCAGAUGUUGAUUAUGAGCUGGUGUUAGUCAGUAGUGGAGGAUCUAAAGGCAUCUACACAGUGAGUUCAGUGACUGUGAAGCACACAGGAGUUUAUAUGUGCAGAGCAGAGAGAGGAGAUCCAGUCUAUCACACAGAGUACAGUAACACACAAACACUGUGGAUCACUGGUGUUUCUCCUUCAGUCUCUCUGAUCAUCAGACCCAACAGAUCUCAACACUUCUCAUUUGAAUCUCUCUCUCUGAGCUGUGAGGAUCACAGUAACUCUGCUGGAUGGACACUGAGAAGAAACACAAACACAUUGGGAACUUCUUCAUCAUCAACCCAUGGAUCAGAAACAGAAUCUACAUGUACAAUCAGAUCUCUCUACACAUCUGAUACUGGAGUGUACUGGUGUCAGUCUGAAUCUGGAGAGAAACUUCAUCCUGUUAAUAUCUCAGUACACAAUGCCGAUGUGAUUCUGGACAGUCCUGUUCAUCCUGUGACUGAAGGAGAUCCUCUGACUCUACGCUGUUUAUAUCGAGAUAAAAACCCCUCUAACCUGAGAGCUGAAUUUUAUAAAGAUGGAUCAGUGGUGCAGAGUCAGACUACAGGAGACAUGAUGAUCAUCCCUACAGUCUCAAAGUCACAUGAGGGUUUCUACUACUGUAAAGACCCAGAGAGAGGAGAGUCUCCAAAGAGCUGGAUCUCAGUCAGAGGAUCUUCAUCUCUUGGUCUUAUUGUUGGUCUGUGUCUUGGACUGAGCUCUGGUGUCGUGUUUUUGAUCUUUUUCUUGGUCCUGCUGUGGUGCUACAAAAACAAAAAACUCUCUCAGUCUUUUUCAGCUGUCAGUCCACAGCAGAACAUCAGUCAGACAUCAGAUCAAAAACAGACUGAAGAUGUUUACACUCCACUGCAGUUUGGAGAUUCUCAUCUGUAUGACUGUAUUAUUACAACAGCUAAUAAAGACACAAGCUCAGAACGCAAAGAAUGGACUUGCGUUCUCGUGGAGAUCGGUCUUGCCAUGCGACCUCGGAAGAACAAACUCAGCAGUUCGCAAGAACACAGAAUGCACUUGUGA